AAGCCGUCUGCUGAAGGGCUUCUUCUUCAGUGGUGGAGGCUCAGGCAGGCUGUAUACAAACUACUGCCAGCUGCUCCCUCUCUGUUGGACUUUGGUACUGCAUGUUACUUCCGCGAUUUAGAUCCGGGGCUUUUCAUAGAACAUCCGGGGCUUCAGCCCAAGUAGCCGGGCCUAACGUCGCCCCUGGUUUCAAGUGGAGGAGUUUAAGUAUCUCAGGGCCUUGUUCACGAGUGGGGGACAGAUGGAACAGGGACAGGCGAAUUUGCGCUGUGUCUGCAGUGAUACGGGCCUUGUACGUAUCUGUUGUGGUGAAUUUAGAGCUGAGUCAGUAGGCAAAGCUCUCGAUUUACCGGUCGAUCUAUGUUCCUACCCUCACCUAAAGUCACGAGCUUUGGGUAGUCACUGAAAGAACGAGAUCAUGGAUACAAGCGGCCAAAAUGAGUUUUCUCCGUAGGGUGUCUGGCUCUCCCUUAGAAAUAGGGUGAGAAACUUGGUCAUCCGGGUGGGACCCGCUGCUCCUCCACAUUGAAUGGUGCCAGUUGAGGUGGCUCGGGCAUCUUGUCAGGAUGCCUCCCUGGUGAGGUUUUCCAGGCACGUCCAACUAGGAAGAGACCCAAGAGAAGAUCCAGGACACACUGGAGGGACUAUGUCUCUCAACUGGCCAGGGAAUGCCUUGGGAUUCCCCAGAGGAGCUGGCCCAAGUAGCUGGAGAGAGGGAAGUCUGGGCUUGUUGGCUAGGCUGCUGUCCCCGCGACCCAACUCCGGAUAGGUGGCUGAAAUGGAUGGAUGGAACACAAAAAAAAUCUAAACUGUAUUUAAAUAAAUGUGAGUUAUAUUUAGACAGUUUGGCCCAAACAUUGUGACAUGAGAAACAAGAGGUGGAGCAUCAUAAUCCCCCUGUGGACUGAGUAUAAAAUGGUCUUAAGUCCUGGCUGGCCCUUACAGUGAGCCCCAGCAUAGCCGUCCACUCAUCUGCUCAUCCCAGCAGCUCACAACCAGCUACCAGGCUGCUCUUCGUCAGCCAACAGGAGUUUCUAAACCAGACAACCUACACACGCUUCACUCCUGUUAAAAUGAAUCUAGAGCCGCCCAAACCUGAGACCAAGUCAGCCACCCGAGUCUCUGGUGGCCCAGCCACCCGAGUCACGGGUGGCCCUGCCACUCCGCGUAAGGGUCCACCAAAGUUCAAACAGAGGCAGACCCGCCAGUUCAAGAGCAAACCUCCAAAGAAAGGCGUGCAGGGCUUUGGUGAUGACAUUCCCGGCAUGGAGGGCUUGGGCACAGACAUCACGGUCAUCUGCCCCUGGGAGGCCUUUAACCACCUGGAGCUGCACGAGCUGGCCCAGUACGGCAUCAUCUGAGCCGUCCCACAUCUUCCAGGAUUUCUCUGAGGAUUCCAGGCUGUGCACUUCAAACCACCUGCCUGCGGCUGUCAUGAAUCUGCAUGUGGAUCUAUUCUAAACAGGAAAUCACAACAAACUGUAACAAACAAACAAAAACAAAAAAAAAAGAAAAACAGGAACAACUAUGAAAAAAUAAUUUUCUGUUCUCUCUCACUGGAAUCUUCAGACUGCAAACACCUGCUUUGUGUCUCACUCUGGCAUCACUCUGUAGCUCUGCUCCUCUGUACACCCGAACUCUUCUUGCUCAUAUUUUCUCUUUUCUAUCCUCUUCAUGGACCUAAACAAGAAACAUGCAAGCGAGGCAGCCUCACUUUGCGUUAAAGCUGCAAACCCGUGGGGAGGGUGGGCUCCCGCUCCACGAGCCUCGGCGCCUCUUUCACCAUCGCAGAGGCUCGUUCCGUCGAUGCCGAACGUUUCAAAUCCUAAAUCUGAGUUCUGUAGUGAGCAGACGCCAGCUGGCCAUCGCUGAAUUUAACCUUCAGCGGGAUUCAUCCGAUUUUCCUCCAUUUUCGCUGCAUUCCUUUUCAAACAGAAAAGGUCGAUUCUCUGCAUCUAAGACAUCUGGUGCAUAAGGUUUGGUAGACAUUUAUCCUCGCUGCUCAGAUUGAGUGAAAUCAGUUUGAAAUAUUCAGUUAUUCACCACUUCUAACAGCAUUUAGUCAUUUCCACACUCUCAUUAUCAGCUUUCAUGUUCCUUUGUAUGAUUUUAGCACGUAUGUGUUUGCUCAUUAAGUAUUCUCUUUUUAUUGUGGUUCUUUGAGUUUAUUUUGUAUGUUUUUGCGCUCGUUAUCAGAAAUGUAGCCUUUUUGCACCUCGUCUUUCACCUGCCAUCCAUCAUUUUAUCUACAAAUCUUUCUGAAAUCAUCUCCAUCAUCCCCCUGUUGAGCCCUACAGUAACUUCAGAGUCCGCUGAAGACUUUUCCCUGAUGGUCCAAGGGGGCGAAGAGGUGUGGAUGGAUUUUAGUAGUGAAGAAGACAAAGAUCACAAAGAUCUGAUGCGAUGUGUAACAGAACUUUGUCCUCUCUACAGGACAACAGAAAAAUAAAGAAAAAAAUAAGUAAAAUAAAACUGAUUUUAUUUAUUUUGAGCAGACGGUUCAACAUUUAGCAGCGUUUGAUCAGGGGUGUUGUUCACUAAAAAAACCUAAUGCAUUCCCAAAUGAGAGUCAGCUCAGCUGUUCUGAAUCUUAUGGGCCAUUCCCAUCUGUACCGGGUCGGCCCGGGCCGGGUAGCGUAGGUUGUUUACAUAUCUGGGUGGCCUGGUAUUUUUCCGGGCCAACCGAGGCUCAUUCUCAGCCCUCUUCUCGAGGGGGUCUGCUUCAGGCCGAACAGGGCCAACACACCCACUGCUGACAGCAAAUUCACACCUUCCAUUAGAGCAAGCCUCUGAUUGGUGGGUAGAAUCAGCCCACAUGGGCUUAAGGCAAGGAUGUGUGGAAUCAACCGGGCCAGGCUGGGGCUACCCGGCCCGGGCCGACCCGGUACAGAUGGGAAUGGCCCAAAAUUCAGCUGCGACUGAACUGCAUCUUUGUAGACUUACACACAAAAUACAAACAGAAAACACAACUGCAGACAAGGUAAAAUAAACUAUUUACAUAUUUAUAGUUGUGAGUUUAUAUUUUUGUGUGCUUUGACCGCGUGCCUCUUCAGAGAAUCCCAUCUUGGAAAACUCGCCCCACAUCGAUCACAGCUAAAUGGUUUCUCUCCUGCGUGAACUACCUGGUGCAUUCUCAGAUGUGAUGACCGAACACAUUUUCCCCCACUUUCUUUACAAACGAAGCGUCUCUCUUUAGAAGAAACUUUAAGUUUUAAGUGAACUGGCUUUGGAUAAAUCUUUUAUCACAAGCAAAUGGUUUUUCUCCCGUGUGGAUUUUAACGUUUGCACAAACUUCCCUGUCGAGAACACCUUGCUCCACAACGACCACAGAUGAAAUGCUUCUCUCCCGAGUGACCCAAAAGGUGCUUGUCGAGGUCAUCCGGUGAUAGAACAUGAAGUUAGUUGGUCACAUGUAUUCUGUAAAUCAUGUUAUGUUGAUGACAACUAUAUAGGUCAUAAAGAGAAACAUGUUUUGUG